GUUAUAUAGUUCGCAUACAACAUAAAUUUCACUUUCGACGUAAACUUUUUAAGGAAUUCAGGCAAGGAUUCUAUUGCGAUUUCUGGUAUUUCUGGCCGCUAUCCUAGUUGCGGCAAUAUGGAAGAACUACAAAAAGCUCUGUUCGCUGGACAAGACUUAGUGACAGAUAAUCACAAUCGCUGGUCCUUUGAAUCUUUAGGAACAUCGCCUCGUUUGGGCUUGGUCAAAGAUUUUGAACACUUUGACGCCGAUUUCUUUGGAAUGAAUCCAAGAGAAGCAAAUAUUAAUGAUCCACGACUACGAAAACUUUUAGAAGUAACGUUCGAAGCCUUAAUGGACGCUGGUUUAAAUCCACGAGAACUACGAGGUUCAAAUACAGGGGUGUUCUUAGGCAUAAGUCAAAAUCUAUACUCGGAUCUAGGUUUCAAAGGAGGAAUUGUGCAAAGAUCUGCAGCAAUUGUAGCAAACAUGGUAUCGUACAUGUUUGACUUUAGGGGACCGAGUUACGCUUUGGAUACAGCUUGUUCCAGCGGUUUGUAUGCCCUCAAUCAAGCUGUAGAUAACAUUUUGUCUGGAAGAUGUUCAAUGGCCAUCGUGUGUGUCGCACAGAGUCAGUACGACCCAGCCGAAAGCGUAGAGAUGUUAAGAUUUGGAGUGUUGCAUUUAGAAGGAGUGUGUAGAUUCUUUGAUUUAAAUAGAAAAGGCUACGUGAAAUCGGAAGCUGUUGUAGCUGUAGUUUUGCAAAAAUGCGAAGAGUGUAAAAGAAUUUAUGCCAUGAUUUCUGGUUGUGGUACCAAUGUUAAUGGUUUCACAAAGGAAGGACUUAACCACCCUUCUCAAGCAGCAAUUAAAGCUAUGUUUGAGGCUGUCUUCAACAGGUUUAACAUUGAUCCAUUAGCUGUGAAUUAUGUAGAAGCUCAUGGUACUGGAACUGCAGUAGGUGAUUUAGAAGAAGCGGAAAUUAUUGAUGAAUAUCUGUGCCAAAAUCGGAGCCGCAAUUUUCCAUUGCUCAUUGGUUCUGUAAAGAGUAACCUAGGCCACAGCGAAACUGCUUCGAGUUUAGUAUCUAUAUCGAAGGUUAUAAUUGCUAUUCGUGAAGGGAUCAUUCCUGGGAAUUUACAUUAUAAGAAUCCAGAUCCUAAAAUUAAAGGGAUACAUGAAGGACGCCUAAAGGUAAUGGACCAUCAUAAACCCAUACCUCAAGGUCUGAUAAUGGUAAACGCCUUCGGAUUUGGAGGUGCAAAUGGAACUGUCGUGUUGAAACCAUACCCCGAAAAAAGAAAACUUGUCAAUAGUUUGUGCUACCGUCUAGUGAACGUUUCAGGAAGAACUGAGGAAGGAGUUAAACUGAUGUUAGAAAAAACAAUUGAAAAUAAAGCGAAUGCAGAAUUUUUGGCUUUAAUAGAUAAUAUAUACAGCAGAACCAUUGAUGCCGACAUUUAUCGAGGUUACGCUAUUCUGUCAGAUGAAAGUCAUCAUCAUGUACAGCAAUGUUUAUCAAAGACACGCCCUAUUUGGUACGUAUAUUCUGGAAUUGGUUCUCAGUGGCUUUAUAUGGGUAGAGAUUUAAUGAAAAUUGAGGUGUUCCGAUACACAAUGCAAAAAUGUUCUGGUGCGGUCCGACAGUAUGGAGUUGAUUUAGAAAAUAUUAUUGACAAUGGAGAUGAAAAAACGUUUAAGAACCUUAUUAACACGUUCACUGCUAUUACCGCAGUAUCCGUAUGCUUAACUGAUGUACUUACAGCGUUAAAUAUUAAACCUGAUGGCAUUAUAGGUCAUUCUUUGGGUGAAGUUGCUUGUGCUUACGCCGACGGUUUGAUAACAGCUGAACAAGCAACGCUGAUUGCAUAUGCUCGGGGUUAUGCUAUGGUAAAUUCAAAUCUAGAGCCUGGUUUAAUGGCAGCAGUUGGACUUUCCUCUGAAGAGUGUUCAAAACUUCUGCCCAACAAUGUUUAUAUUGCUUGUGAUAAUUCAGAUGAAUCAGUUACUAUAGCUGGGGCCGUCCAACCGGUUAAGGGUUUCUUAGAGAUUCUUACUGCAACAGGAGUUUUUAAUAAAGUUGUAGAGACAGCUGGAGGUGCUUUCCACUGUCCUCAUAUGGCUUCAGCAGGCCCAAAAAUGUACAGUUUUGUUAAAAGUGUGUUACCUGGAACGAAAGAAAGAACAAAACGUUGGUUACCAUCGGCACUGCCAGAAAGUGAAUGGAAGAGUGAAUUGGGCAGAUAUAAUUCUGCAGAGUAUCAGCAUCACAACUAUAUCAACAGAGUUUAUUUCAGACAGCUGCUGAAGCAUAUUCCUAAGGAUGCCAUUUUAGUUGAGGUGGCCCCUAAAGGACUACUUCAAGCUAUACUGAAAAGAGGACUAGAUAAAAGCGUAACAUUGUUACCACUAGCUAAGCCUGGAGUUAAUAAUCUGGACUUUUUCUAUUCAAGUAUAGGCGAACUGUAUAUCAAUGGUGGACAACCAAAUUUACGAAAGUAUUACAAUUUCGUAAAUUUUCCUGUUAGUAUCGAUACUCCCAUGAUUUCUAAUUUGAUCAGAUGGGACCACGGGAAUAGGUGGGAUGUACCUAAAUACAAUGAUGAAAGUUCAUUUGGCUAUGUAUUUGAAAUUGAUAUGACAGAUAAAAAAAAGAAGUUUUUAAAAGGGCACGUAAUUGAUGGAAACGUGAUUUUCCCCGCAACAGGUUAUAUAAUAUUAGUGUGGGAAGCUUUUGCUAAAAUGAUGGGAAAACACCACUUAAAGCUACCCGUCGUUUUCGAAAACGUAAAAAUCAUGAGACCCAUUCUUUUAUCAAAAAGAAGUAAUGUAGUUUUGAACGUCAACGUUUUCAAGUCGAGUGGAUAUUUUGAAAUUUGUGAAGUCAAAGAAGCGGUUCUUUUAUCGGCAGGGAGAAUACAUUUCGUAGAAAGAAUUGAGGACGAAUUUUUAGAUUAUUCACACCUAACCCCAAAUAACAACUCUGGGGCAAAAAUAAGCAAAGACGACUUUUACCAGCAUAUGCAUUUAAGGGGAUAUAGUUACGACGGUUUAUUCCUCGGUGUUCAAAGUGCCGAUCUUGAUUCAAACUGCGCUACAUUACGAUGGUACGAUAACUGGACAUCCUUUAUGGACGUUAUGGUACAUUAUGUGUUGGGCGUAGAAACAAGUGGGCUGUGUCUACCUAUAAAGUUCGAUAAAAUUAUAGUCGAUCCCAGAACACAUUUAAAGAUUGUCGAUAUGGAUGUCGACUUAACUUUAAUUUUCAACAAAUAUGUGAAGGCAGUGAAAUGUGGCGGUGUUGAAAUGAGGGGGAUACAAGGAGUUACUGUUAAGAAACACGAGGCUACUAUUUCUCCAAUUUUAGGGAAAUAUAUUUUUGUAUCAGAGAUCGACACUCAAAAAAAUCUUGAUCCAUUCUUCCAUAGUCUUAACAUAGCACACCAAAUCGUUGUCGAAAAUUGUACGGAAAAAUUAGAGAUGAAAUUUGCCGAACUUGGAGUCGAUGCUGCUAUACAGCUGCUGAUGCAAAUUAUGGAACGAGUUAGUUUUAAAAGAACAAGUUUCCAUAAACUGGAUUCACUUGGCGACGGAAAUGAAGACUAUUUUGAUUUACUUAUAGCUCAUGCUUUAUCAAACGAAGAAUUAAAAACAGCUCACAAAUUGACCGAAAAAGCGAAAUUUGUUCUUGUGAAGGUUGAAAACACCAACAUACCUGAUGUUGAAAUUGUUUACAAACAUAUCCACGAAAACGAAAAUUUUGUGCUUUUUAGAGCACCCAAAAAUAUUUGUGAGCAACACGCAAUUAUUUCAGCAAAUAAUCUAAAUUUCUUUUGGUUGAAAGAGUUACAACAAGCUAUCGAACAAUAUACAUCACCACACUCUCGAAUUUAUUUAAUCAACGAGGAUUUCGAUUCUGGCAUUGUAGGCCUCUUUCAAUCAGUUCGGCAUGAAAAAGCAUGUCCAAAUCUGAGAAUAUUUUUGAUGAGAGGUUUUAUUAAAAACAUGCCAUUUUCAGUCAAAUCGGAAUUUUAUCAAAAUCAGUUAAGGAAAGAUUUAACGGUUAAUGUUUAUCAAGACGAAUCUUGGGGAAAUUAUCGCUUUCUUCCUCUUGAACAAUUUCAGCUAAAAUUAUUAACGGAUGUUUGUCUUGUUAAAGACAAUGUGAACUUAAAAUGGGUGGAAAAGACUCCCUAUUCUACUGACAAAAAUAUCUUUGUGCACUGUACCAGCAUUAAUCAGCGAGAUUUAUUAACGGUCGCAGGUAAAAUUGGAUCUUAUGCAAACUGUGACUUCCUUGGAAUUGAGUAUUCCGGAACAGAUGGAAGUGGGGAAAAUAUUAUGGGAUUAGUUACAAGCGGUGCUGCAUCUACUACAAUAAUACCUCAUCCUCAGCUGACUUGGAAAUUUGAUUCAAAAUUCUCCUUCGAAGAAGCCGCAACUAUUCCUUUAGCAUACACCCUCAGCUAUUAUGGGUUAUUUGUCAAAGGUAAUCUACAACCUACUGAUAGGAUUCUUAUUCACAACUUUACAAAUAGUGUGAGUUUGGCCACAUUAGUCUUAACCUCCUUUAAGAAUUAUGUCACAUAUGUUGUUAUUGAUUGUUGUGACAGCCAAUAUUUGAAAAAUAAAUUCUCGACGGUUCUUAAAGACAAUUUAAUCGUACAUUCAAAAGACGCACCAUUUUUUGAAAUUGUAAUGAAAAAAACUGGUGGAAGAGGCGUGGACGCUAUUAUUAAUUGCAAUUCGGUUGAGUUAAUCAAGUUGUCGAAGAAAUGCCUCUCAAAGAAAGGACGCUUCAUUGAAUUUGAGAAAAGUACCAUUGAGGUUUUCUGGGAUGCAGUUAAAGAUGAGAAUUGCAGUUUGCACAACGUAAAGUUUAUCGAUUUACUUACAGAAACGGAAGAUGUACUGACAUCGAUAGCUAAUAGCGUUAAUAAGUAUGUCUCGGAAGGUACUGUAAUUCCUCUCGAAUAUUCCGUUUUCAAUAAAUAUGACGUUAGUCUUGCUUUCAAAUACUGUGAAGAUAGUGGUAACAAAGAGAAAUCCAUUAUCAGAAUAAGAGAAAACGAAGGUUUCUUCUAUAAACCAGACAACAGGGUUCUUGCAUUUCCCCGAACCUAUAUGGACCCAAGGAAAUGCUAUAUAAUAAUAGGUGGUUUAGGAGGUUUUGGUUUGGAACUGGCAAAUUGGAUGAUCGAAAGGGGCGCUACAAAAAUUAUUUUGAAUUCUCGUCGAGGAGUAGUUACAGGUUACCAAGCGUUAUGCUUGCAAAGGUGGAACCAACAAGGCGUCAGUGUUCUGUCUGAUACUUCGGACACUACGAGCAUGAAAGGAGCAGAAUAUUUAUUAAGAUUCGCAUGCAACCUCGCUCCUGUUGGAGGUAUUUUCAAUAGUGGACUACGUCUUAUUGACAAACUAAUGAUGGAGCAAAAUCAGGAAACCUUUUCUACAGUGGUCGGGCCAAAAUUUUGGAGCGCACAAAAUAUGGAUAUUUUGUCCCGCAAAUAUUGUAAACAACUGGAGCAUUUCGUCUUGUUCUCGUCAAUUAUUUCAAGCCUUGGAAAUGCUUCUCAAACUAGUUAUAGCUUUGCUAACAAUGCAAUGGAACGCCUCUGUGAAAGAAGAAAAGCUGAAGGAUUACCUGCUCUGGCUGUGCAAUGGGGUCCUAUUGGCGAUGUUGGUUUUGUCGCUAGGCUUAAAACAAAAGCAAAGGUGUUAGAAGCUCUUCCUCAAAGCAUUACUUCUUGUUUGGAAAUUUUGGAUCAGUUUAUGCAACAAAACGAGCCAGUUGUUUGGGCGUUGGUGUAUGGUGAUGAGCGUGAUGAAAUGAACGGGAAGAAAAGCGUUACCGAGUCGGUAGCUAAUUUGUUUGGUAUUAGAGAUGUAGAUUCCAUUGACGAAGCGAAGACUUUAUUAGACCUAGGUAUGGAUUCACUUUUGGCAUUUGAAAUAAAACAUUUGUUAUUUGAAGAAUACAAUCUCGAAAUGGACGUUAGUGAAAUAAGAAAUAUAACAUGGGCUAAGAUCAAAAAUAUGCCAUCUGCACUUCUUAAGUGAACAACAAACUUUUUGCGUUCGUCACUUCUUGACUGGCAUAGCAGUAAUGAA